GACUCCAGUUGGCUGUGCGCUCAGACGCAGCAGCAGCGCGGCAGCAGCAGCAUCCUACUGGCUGGACUCGGGGAGGACGCACGCUGUCAGACCGGAUCUCCUGAUCCUGUUAGUCUUUUGUGUCCCGCUGCGUUUGAGCGGACCAGUCCGAACGGGAAAGCGGGAGAAAACAAAACGAAAAAAGAAAAUACUCAAAAAGCUUUUGAGUUGCGAAUACUAAAAAAGUGAUAGAAGCUGGACACUUUUUCCCUGUUCUUUUGGUUUCCUUUUUGGGGGGAUUUAUUGUUCGUAUGAGUCGAGCUGGGAUCUGUUCUCCACAGCGGAGCGCACGCCGUGUCUGGUCCAUGGAUUUCUAUACUUCUCUGGGAAUUAAACUGCGUCGCUUUUGAGUUCCUUUCAUUCUCUUUCGACGCGGGUUGUUGUUCGACACCAUGAUCUUCGCGCUAUUGUAUUUUCUGCCUCUUUUAGAUGUGCUGAGCUGCGCGGAGGAGAACCUGCGCGCCGGCGCCUCUCGGCUGGACUGCGUGCGGGCCAGCGAGCAGUGUCUGCGGGAGCAGGCGUGCAGCACCAAGUACCGCACCAUGAGGCAGUGCGUGGCCGGUGCCAAGGAGAGCAACUUCAGCCUGGUGGCCGGCGUGGAGGCCAGGGACGAGUGCCGCAGCGCCAUGGAGGCGCUCAAGCAGAGCCCGCUGUACAACUGCCGGUGCAAAAGGGGCAUGAAGAAGGAGAAGAACUGCCUGCGGAUUUACUGGGGGAUCUAUCAGACGUUACAAGGUAACGACUUCUUGGAGGAGUCUCCGUAUGAACCGGUGAACAAACGUCUGUCAGACAUCUUCCGCCUGGCUCCCAUCCUGGAGGGUGGGGAACCAUGGAGCAGCUCUGCCACUUCAGCUCCAGGCAUGGGGGUUGCCCAGGGCAGAGUGUCCCAGGCAAGAGAGGCUAUUCUGGGCAGAGGGAGCCCCUCCACGGAGCUUCAGGAUCCCAGUAGAAACAGGAGGGCUCAUCCCAACUGGGCCAUAUUGGGAGAGCCUGCGGUGGCCCGAGAGAACAACUGCCUGACGGCGGCCAAGGCCUGCAACCUGAACGACACGUGCAAGAAGUAUCGCUCAGCCUACAUCAGCCCCUGCACCAGCCGCGUCUCCACCGCAGAGAUCUGCAACAAAAGGAAGUGCCACAAGGCGCUGCGGCAGUUCUUUGACAAGGUUCCUCCAAAGCACAGCUACGGCAUGCUGUUCUGCUCGUGCCCUGUCAGCGACCAGACGGCUUGCUCCGAACGCAGGCGUCAAACCAUCGUCCCUGUCUGCUCGUACGAGGAAAAGCAGAUGCCAAACUGUCUGGAGCUGCAGGCCUCCUGCAGGACCAACUACAUCUGCAGGUCCCGACUGGCUGACUUCUUUGUAAACUGCAUGUCGGAGCCUCGCUCGCUGUCUGGCUGUCUGAAGGAGAACUACGCUGACUGCCUCCUGGCUUACUCUGGUCUUAUUGGCACCGUGAUGACCCCCAACUACCUGCGCUCCCCCAAAAUCAGCGUCUCCCCUUACUGCGACUGCACCAACAGUGGCAACAACAAAGAUGACUGCGACAAGUUCACUGAGUUUUUUAGGGAGAACACCUGCCUCCGUAACGCCAUCCAGGCCUUCGGGAACGGAACGGACAUCGGCAUGUGGCCGCCAAUAUCCCCCGUUCAGACCACCACUUCCAUCACCACACCCUACCAAAGAAACCGCGAACGCAACCCCAACAUAGACAACCACAUCAACACCGACUCCAGCCUCUACCACUUCUGUGGCAACUUACAGGCUCAGAAACUACAUUCAAACGCCACUGUUGAUGUCUGUUCAUCUGAUCCGCAGGCUCCGAAGGUAGAUGGUCCAAGCGCGUCCAACGCCAUCCUGCGAGGCUCGGCCGUCUGUAGACAGGCUGUGGGCGUCACCUCCCUGCUGCCCCUGCUGCUCUACUUUGGAGUGCAGGGCUACUUGUAGCCAUGCUGCCAGAAAGCUGCAAAUUAUGGACUGAGAAACUCAUAUUUGUAUAAAAGAAAGCAAAAAAGGAAAAAGAUAUCCUUUCUUUUUCAGUACCUUUUGUUGUACUUUUGUUGUCCCUGGAUCUUUUCAUUUGCACUUUUGUUUCCCGAUCUGUUGGUUUUUGCAUUGCCGCUUAAUGCUAAAAUCGUGAUUUAUUAGACAUUUUGACUUCAUUACAGCUGGUUCGGUCAGAAAUGUGGAUUUGAAACAUUUACGAAUGCCGCUUGAGCAGGAAGAUGUGACAGAAUACCCUUGAGGACUACGUUCCACUGAUGGAUGAGUGAAGACCCUUGAAACACAGUGUAAAUUAACAUCAGUUUUCAGAGUUCCCCAUUCAAGUUUUCACCCAUUUCUAUAUGCGUGUUGAGGCUUUUUGGUGGGAUCAUUUGCUUAAGAGUCACAUUAAAUUCAGUAAAGCUGAAUCUAUCACUGAGGCAGAGUUUUUUUGGUGUUGUUCAGUCUCCUUUGUGAUUUGUGUAUGUUUUGAUAAUGAUGUGAUCUGGUAUUUUACAUUUUUAUGAGCUUAACUAAAGACUCAAAUGCACAUCACCUGCUUCAAAGCAGUAGAAAAGUGUCAAAGGCCACACCCAGAAAUGUUUUUGUUGUAUUUCAUUCUGAACACUAAUGUCAGCUGAUAAGCACACAUGACAAAGUCCCACAAACAAAUGCAUCAUGUCACACACGAGACAAUGAAUAUAGACAUGCAUAAAUCAAAUGUCAAUAAUGGAGACACUCCUGUCGUCUGUUACUGCACCUCCUUAAAACUCUCCAUUCUUUAGUUCCUUUAUGGAAGACAACAGCAAAGUUCCUGAACAAUCAAUUUAUCAUGCACCUGAUAAAUUGUCAAGUGUUUUCAGCAACUCUUACUUAAAACCGCCCAAAAUUCUAUGCUUCCCUAAUGUCAGAGUGGGUUUUAAUUGAUUAUUUUCUGAAACCCUUCCAACCCAACACUUUGUGCUAAUUGGUUAUAACCGAGUUCAGUCACAGAGUUCUAACAGGAUUUCUUAGAGGGUAAAUUUGUUCGCUGUAACCAGUUUUUCUAUCUCCAGCAGCCAUUGGGCAAGAGAUGAGGUAUACCAUGGAAAGGUUGCUAGUCCGUCAGGGGCCAAAACAGACACACUUUGGAUGAACAAUCACAAAUAAAUCACUCAUACACACCAUGUGAGCAAUUUAAAGCUACCAGUUAAGCUUAGGACUGUGGGAGGAAACUGGAGAACCCAGAGAGAAUCCACAGGGGAAAAAAGCAAAACCCUAAAGAAAGACCCCAGGUUUGGGAUUUAACCCAAGACAUUGUUACUCCAAGGCAACCAACGCUGUUAACAGUGCUAACAGCUAGCACUGUUAACACUCAUGUUCACUGUUCAGUUUCAUAGUGAUUUGCAACAGUUUUUCCACCCUUUGAAUUACUUCCAUUUUUUUCUCGUGACAACCAAAAUUAUCAAUUUAUGUUAUUGAUAUUUUAUGUGACAAAUCAAGACACAGUACUUCAUAAACUAUGCAAGCUUUUAACAGACAACACAGCUUAGCCUCAGUUUAAUUGGUCUCAACUGUAAUUUCUCAAUUUCGUCAAAAAUUCUCAGUUGGAUUUAAGUCAGGACUUUGACUGUGCCAUUCUAACACAAUAUUACUCUUAGUCGUGUGUUAGCUUUAUUCUGCUAAAAGAUGAACUACUGUCCCUGGAUUUAGCUCCAUCUUUACCUGCUGGAAAAAGAACAGCACCGCAUGAUACUUCUGCCACCAUACAUCACAGUGGGGAUAGUUUAAUUAAUUGAGUGAUGGGGAGUUCAAAAGGUGUGACUCCUUGUACAAAGCACAGUAUGAACUGUCUCUAAUAAACAAAGUGACUGCUGACAGAUUAGGAAUUGUAUGUAACUAACGGUGACUUGUAAAAAAUCAUUGUGAACAGACUCUGUUGGACUAAAGCAAAAUAUAACCUUUUUAACAGCUUAGGAUUCAGGCAGAGUUCCAGCAACGAGUCAACUUUCAUCUUUUUUUCCCCCUAUUAUCUUCUGUGAACUUAUGUCUGCUCUGUAUAAUUUCCAAGAAGUUUAAGAAAAAAGUUUUAAAAAGUAAAUGACGUUGAAGUGUCUGGUUCCUGCCACAGGAAAUCACAAACCUUGUUUUCCAUUCUACACUUCAUUCCCAGCUUGUGUUCAGGAUUUCACCUCGACACGCUGAGCUUCUCUCUCCGACCGUUUGUUGCUUCUGGGGGAGCGUUAAAGAGUCGCUGCUUCGGUUCAUGUAGCUAAUCAGAACACAGUUAACGUAUUGCAGAACCGCAAUGUUAUUUACCGAGCAUAAACAUGGUAUAUGCACUGUACGUACUUGGCUGAAACACUUUUGAAUCGGGCAAGUUGAUGUCUAAUAAUAUUCUCUUUCAGAGCAUUGUGAACUGUUUCAAUUUUCCAAUUCAACGUAAAGUACAACAAAUAAGCCAGAAUAUAGUUUUUUUUUUUAUGACAAAUGUAUAUUUCUCUGUAUGUAUAUGAUUAUGGAAUAUUAUUGCAUCUGAGAAAGAGGCUAGCCCUCUCCUUGUAGUUAAAGCAUAUUGUUUGUAUGAUAAAUCCCAUUUACAAAGUUGCUGAAAUGAGCUGUUAGUUUCUUUUUUUGGCUAAGAUUGACAAUUAUUUUUCUAACUUUUAUUUACUGGUUUGUUUUUAUUUUUAAGAGCUGAAGUGAACGAGAUGAACCCACCAUGUCCUAAAACUGCUACAAGCAGUUACUGUAAUUAUUUCUGGAUUUAUCUCCAAAAUUAAUUACAAAGGUGAUGAUAGGAUAGGCAAAUUGUUUUGGUGUUAAAAAAAGGGAAUAAUUAAAGACUAUUUCAUAGUGCGCCAGAAUUUGACAUGGAAACGCCUUUUAAAAAGGUUUGGAUGAAAACCUGUAUUAAAAGUUGGCUUAUAAUAAAGUUUUCACUCAGAACCGAUUCUAAGAAGGUUUCUGAAACUUACAUUUUGAAUCCUGAAGUCUCUUCAGAUUAUGGGAGGUUAGAUUAAAUUGUUUUAAAAAUGGUUCAUCUGAUACAGACUGAAGACGGUAAACAUGUUCACCGUUUACCACCAACCCAUCCGUUGUCUGAAACGACCAGAAGUUACCCAUACCUGUCUGACAUCGUUUACUUCUUAGCUUGUGAAAAUCUAAAAAUCUACUGUACAAAACUUCUAAUUAAAAACUGUUACUUCA